AAUAACAAGCACUGAUAAUACAUAGCAAUAGUGAAAUCUGAAAUAACAAAGAAUUAAUUAGGUACUACAGCCAUGGAGCUGGCUGGGUGAAAUCUAAUUGGAUAUUUCAGUUUCAUUCACCUACCCUGUUUUGGUGUUUUGUUUGGUUUUGGUGGUUUUUCCUUUUUUUCCUUUGGAAAGCAAGGAUCACAGUUCCCCCUCCCUGUUCCUUUUCUUAAUCCCUUUUCUAAAAAGGGGGGAAAAUCCGGAUGGAUUUUAGGGAUUGGUCUGGUGUCAGCUGUGUUUUAUUGCACACCUAAAUCCUGAUUAUAGGCUUUUCAUUUCUCCGCAAAGCCUUUAUUUUGGCAGUUGAGCCAAAUGUGUUUUCCAGAAAGUUAGUUCAAGUAUUUUCUCCUCUUUCUUUCCUUUCUCCCCUCCCUUUUUCCCAGCUAACCCCAAACGUUAUUGUCCAAACAUGACUGGACAGCAGCUUUUGUUUCUUGACCCUGUAAUAUGACAGUCUGCUAAUAUUGCCAGAAGGUACAGUUUUUGGGUUACAGUCGUGAUUUUCGAUAUUCAAUCAUAUUAGCAGGGAAAAAAAUGACUUGUUUCUGUUGUACUUGAGUCUUAAGAAAAAGUGCCCAUAGUUUAGUGACAAUUUCCAAAGGCUUUAGUACCACCUCUAUUUCAAAAUGGGGGACCCAAACUCCCGGAAGAAACAAGCUCUGAACAGACUACGUGCUCAGCUUAGAAAGAAAAAAGAAUCUCUAGCUGACCAGUUUGACUUCAAGAUGUAUAUUGCCUUUGUAUUCAAGGAGAAGAAGAAAAAGUCGGCACUUUUUGAAGUGUCUGAGGUUAUACCAGUCAUGACAAAUAAUUAUGAAGAAAAUAUCCUGAAAGGUGUGCGAGAUUCCAGCUAUUCCUUGGAAAGUUCCUUAGAGCUUUUACAGAAGGAUGUGGUACAGCUCCAUGCUCCUCGAUAUCAGUCUAUGAGAAGGGAUGUAAUUGGCUGUACUCAGGAGAUGGAUUUCAUUCUUUGGCCUCGGAAUGAUAUUGAAAAAAUUGUCUGUCUCCUGUUUUCUAGGUGGAAGGAAUCUGAUGAGCCUUUUAGGCCUGUUCAGGCCAAAUUUGAGUUUCAUCACGGUGACUAUGAAAAACAGUUUCUGCAUGUACUGAGCCGAAAGGACAAGACUGGAAUUGUUGUCAACAAUCCUAACCAGUCAGUGUUUCUCUUCAUUGACAGACAGCACUUGCAGACUCCAAAAAACAAAGCUACAAUCUUCAAGUUAUGCAGCAUCUGCCUCUACCUGCCACAGGAACAGCUCACCCACUGGGCAGUUGGCACCAUAGAGGAUCACCUCCGUCCUUACAUGCCAGAGUAGAGUACUGACCAGCAAAAUGGAGAAGAUCAGAGAAUGCAGCAGCAUUUUUUUUCUUGUUUUCUUACCACUUUAUUCUUUCAGAGUUUAAAGAAAAUGGACUCAUGCACAGAACACUAUGCAUUUUGAAACUUGUUCAUCCUGGAUUUUUUUAAAUCAUUUCUAUCUCAGAACUUAAAAAAAAAUUAGAUGUCUUCUGCACAGACUGUGUGAAAGAAGAUGCUUUGCAUAUUUGCUGCACUGCAUCAGUAUCUUACUAAAAAUGUGAAAUGAAAGGACUAUAUUGUACACUGAAAUGCUUAAAUGUAUCUGAAAGCACAAGGUGAUACUAGUUUGUAUGGUCUUCCCAUGUGUGCUGGUUUUUGCCUCUUUGACAUCUGUCAUCAGUAUUUAGAGGGUGAGAAGUGAAUGUAACAGGUAUAAAUAACAUUUUUAAAAACAUAAUAGCUUUGCUAUAAUCACAGUUGUUCCAGAGCACUGUCAGAUUCAAUUCUAAUGACCAGAACUGGUUGUUUAAAAAAAGAAAACACAACCAUGGGAAAGAAAUCUUAAAUGAAAAACGCAUCUCAUUGUAGGCUUUUGCCUCAUAUUUUACUGGGCCAUGUUUGUUUCCUGGUACUCAUAAAUAUAUGUAUUUUUUUUUUUUUUUCCAGAUCUCUUUCCCCAAGUUGCUAUUGUAAGAGUAUUCUGCUGUGUGUGGAUGCAGUUAUACACAUUAAAGCAGAUCUGGAGUCUGAAGUAGCUAUAAAGCAGCUAUAAAACAAAUACAUUCAUAGCUGCAGAAACCAUGAUAGGUAGAAGACUUUCCUUUUUGGUUUGGUUUUGUUUUUUGGUUUUACAGAGAAGAGAUUUUUAUUACGAAGAAAAUUCCAGUGAAUUGUGCAGAAAUGGUUUCUACACCCUCCGAAAGAAAAACUUACAAGGGUGUUUUGGGAGUAGAAAAAGGUUAUAAAGUUGGAAUCUUAAAUUGUAAAAUUAACCAUUGAGUGUCAAAGUUCUAAAAGCAGAACUCAUUUUGUGCAAUGAACAUAAGGAAAGACUACUGUAUAGGUUUUUUUUUUUUUUUUUUUUUUUUUUUUAUUCUUUUAAAUGAAGAAAAGCUUUGCUUAAAGGUUGCAUACUUUUAUUGGACUAAAUCUGAAUGAUCCUACUCCUUUGGAGUAAAACUAGUGCUUACCAGUUUCCGAUUGUAUUUAGCUUCUGGUUGGAAUUCAAAAAAAAAAAAAAAAAAAGCCUUAAAAAAA